GUGAAAUCAAUAAUACCAUUUGUAUUUGUAAACAUUGAGUUAGUGUUUAUUACGCACGUUUCUCAAUAUAUCGUAUCAAAAUGGGCUCUGAAACCCAAAAUAAAUUUAGAAAGAAAAAAAUUGAUAAACGAUUUUUGAGUAAGAAUAAAACUAUCAAACUAUAUAAAGAACGUCAAAGCAAAAUUGACCUAUUCAAGAAAGAAGUAGAUGAGUUAAAGCAAAAAUAUGAGAAGAUAACUACAUCUGAAAAUAUAGAAACAUUUGAUGAUAUUCCAUUGUCAAUAAGAACAAGAAAAGGUUUGAAGGAGUGUGGUUAUUUCACUCCAACUGAAAUUCAGAAGGAAACUAUUCUCUUAGGACUAAAAGAACGAGAUAUAUUAGGAGCUGCAAAAACAGGGUCUGGCAAAACUCUAGCUUUUGUUAUACCUUUACUAGAACAGCUUUUUGUUUCUGGCUGGACCAUACUUGAUGGUCUAGGUGCACUUAUCAUCACUCCAACGAGAGAGCUAGCUUAUCAGAUUUAUGAAGUUAUCAACAAAGUUGGAGCCAAUCAUACAUUUUCUGUUGGCUUAAUUAUUGGUGGAAAAGAUUUAGCUAAAGAAAGAAAACUGCUUGAUAAGUGUAACAUAAUGAUUUGUACUCCUGGUCGCCUUUUACAGCACAUGGACGAAAAUCCUCUGUUUGACUCAAUGAAUUUAAAGAUUUUGAUACUAGAUGAAGCUGAUAGAAUUUUGGAUUUAGGAUUUGCCAAAACCUUGGAUGCUAUUAUAGAAAAUCUUCCUCAAGAGAGACAAACGCUUUUAUUUUCUGCAACACAAACAAAGUCUGUAAAGGAUUUGGCUAGAUUAAGUUUAAAAAAUCCUGUAUAUGUUUCUGUUGAUGAACAUGCAAAGUACACUACUCCAGAGGCUUUGCAACAAAGUUUUAUUGUUUGUGAUGCUCAUGACAAAAUGAAUUUAAUUUGGUCUUUUAUUAAAAGUCAUAAAAAACAGAAGAUUUUGGUAUUUAUGGCAAGUUGCAAGCAGGUGAAGUUCACUUAUGAAAGUAUCUGUCGUCUGAGACCAGGAGUUAGUAUAAUGGCAUUAUAUGGCAGUUUGCAUCAACUAAGAAGGAUGCAGAUUUAUGAUGAAUUCUGCAAAAAGAAUCAUGUUGUUAUGUUUGCAACAGAUGUCGCAUCUAGAGGAUUAGAUUUUCCUAAUGUUAAUUGGGUUGUUCAAUUAGAUUGUCCUGAAGAUGUUAACACUUAUAUACAUCGUGCUGGGCGAACUGCUAGGUAUGAAAAAGGUGGUGAAUCUCUUUUAGUGUUAUUACCAUCUGAGAAGGAUUCCAUGAUUAAACAACUUGCAGAUCGUAAAAUACCUAUUGAAGAAAUAAAGGCUAAUCCAAAUAAACUUCAAGAUGUAAGAAGAAAGCUCGAUGCUAUUCUAUCAAGGGAUAAAAAUUUUAAAGAAUCUGCAUCUAGGGCUUUUAAGUCUUAUCUGAAAAAUAUAUAUUUAAUGAAGGACAAGUCUGUUUUUGAUGUCAUGAAAAUUGAUGUGGACCAGUAUGCCACGUCACUUGGGCUCAAUUUUGUACCAAGAAUUCGAUUCUUGGAAAAGCAUGUAAAAGGUUAUAAAAAUGCCUCUGUUAAAGAUUCAAACACUGAAAUAAAGCAAAAAAAUGAAGAUUCGUCUGAAGACGAGUCAUUAGAUAUUGACUCUUCAAUUAUAAAUGAAGAAAAUGCCCAGAAACAUCUUAAAGCUCAUAAAAUGCCCAUAAGAAUUAUAAAUUGUGAUGAUGAGGAUUCACCAGAUCAAGAUGACUAUGAAUAUUUAAUACCCAUGAAACAGCUUGAAAUUUUAUCUGAUGUGGAAGAGGAUUGGGAAGAAAAAAGUAAAACUCAUAAGGUUCUUUCCAAAGCUGCUUUGGUCAAGAAAGCUUUAAAAAAGAAGACAAAACUUAAUACUGUUCUAAAGUAUGAUGAAGAAGGAAAUCCUCUUCGGGAAGUUGGUGGACAGUUGAUACCAGAUUUAGCUGCUGAUCCAAAACUAGGAUUAUUAGAGGAAGAUUAUAGCUUAGAUAAAGUGAAACCUAUACUUGAUAAAGAAAAUGAAAUAGAUAGACGAAUUUACAAGGAAAAGAUAAAAGCUAGACAUAGAGCUGAAAGACUGAAAAAGAAAGAGAAUAGAUGGCUAAAAAACCCAGCUGGGGCUCCUCCAACUUUAAAAGAUUCUGAAGAUGAUUCUGACAAGGAUAAUGAAGAUUCUAUGAUUGAUCCAAAUAACAUGUACUCGUCUGAGAGUGAAGAAGAGAGUUCCGUUAAUAAUGAACGAUUAAAAAAUCAUAUAAGUUCUAAUGAUUCUAGUGGAGACAAUACUGAGGAAUCUGACAGAUUUGCUGGUUCUGGAGCUGAAAUGAACAUAAACAGUGAAGCUGAAAGCUCUGAGGAGGAAUUAGUAGACAAAAUUGAAACUUUCAGCGGCAAAAGAAAAAAAUUAAUUUCCCAAGCUAAAAGCAAGAAGCAAAAGUUGAACAGCAGUGUAGCCAAAGUGAAAAGAGAAAAGCAGAAUCGCACUCUGGAGGAUGAUGAACAAUUAGCACUUCAUUUCCUUAAUAGCUAAUUAGUCCUACUUAAUGUAUAGGUUUUGUAAAUAUAAAAUUAUAUUUGUAUUAAAUAAUUUAUUUGUUUUACAAAA